GAAGAAUCCCGGGUCCUUGCAGAUUGACCCACCCCCGGACCUCCAAAAAAAAGUUCAGGGAUCAAAGGCCAUCAAUACAGGGAAGGGUAAUUCGGGGUUCACCGAUAUCACCGUUGUACGGUAAAGAUCAGAUCGAUUUUUGUACUGGGAAAGCUGGAAAGGUCAAGCCACAAAUCGGGGAUCGAACCGGGUCAACGCAGUCGAAUCAAUCGACCAACCAACACACACAAUCCGAACCAUGACCUCGCGCCGCGUUUCCAAGGAGACGUCAAAAUACUUUGCCGCAACCGCGACCGCGACGCGCCGCUCAACCCGAGCUUCCCUCGCGCGGUUCGCAUACCAAGAAGACGCGGAUUCACCACCCAACAGUGUCAAAGAUGAGCCCACAGAUUUAAUACUCGGCUCCGACAUUGAAGAUGCCAUAACGACCACCACAAACACCAACCGACCGCGCCGGGCUACGGCCCAGGCGCCGCGGAAGCGAAAACGGGAGCCGACCAGUCCGGGAGCGACGACGACCACAAAAGUCAAGGCCGACCCGGAAGAGGAGCAAGAUACGAAACCCCGCCGCGAGCGCAAACCAGCCCGCGCCAAGACGGACCUCUCCACCGGCACCACGAUCAUGGAGCCCCCGUCAGACUGGGAGGAGAUGUACGGGCUCGUCAAGGAGAUGCGCAUUUCGGGACCGGCCGCAAACGCGGCCGUCGACACGAUGGGCUGCGAGAGGCUGGCGUCUGAAGACGCCUCGCCGCGCGAUAGGCGGUUCCACACCUUGGUCGCCCUCAUGCUGAGCUCGCAGACCAAGGACACGGUCAACGCGGUGGCCAUGGCCAGGCUGAAGAAGGAGCUCCCCCCGUUCGAGGAGGGUGCACCGCCCGGCCUGAACCUGGAAAACGUGUUGGCCGUGGAGCCGGCGCUUCUUAACGAGUUGAUCUGGCAGGUCGGCUUUCACAACAACAAGACAAAAUACAUCAAGCAAGCAGCCGUGAUACUCCGCGACAAGUAUAACUCGGACAUUCCCGACACGAUCGCAGGUCUCACCUCUCUCCCGGGCGUGGGGCCAAAAAUGGCACACCUGUGCAUGUCCGCUCCGAAUGGCUGGAACCGCGUCGAGGGCAUCGGCGUUGACGUGCACGUCCACCGCAUCACGAACCUGUGGGGCUGGAACAAGACCAACAACCCCGAGGCAACGCGCGCCGCGCUCGAGUCAUGGCUGCCCAGGGACCGCUGGCGCGAGAUCAACUGGCUGCUCGUCGGGCUGGGUCAGACGGUGUGCCUGCCCGUCGGCAGGAAGUGCGGCGACUGCGAGCUCGGCCUCAGGGGUCUCUGCCGGGCAGCGGAUCGGAAAAAGGUCAACGAAAGGCUCAGGCGGAGGGAAGACGUCAAGGAGGAAAAAGAAGAAGAGCUGGUGGUGGAGAAGCAAGAGGUGCUCCUCAAACGUGAGGACGAAGAAAAUGUGGCCCCGAUCAAGGUCGAGACCGUCAAGGUGGAGCUCACAGUCAAGGAGGAGAUUGUUGAUGAAGUGCCUCCUGUCACGGGUUUUCAACCACUACCAGCAAGAACACAACGGCGGGCAAGGAGGUUAUAGCGUAAACCAAUAAAUAAAUGAAGUCACAAGUCGAA